AUGGCCAUGAAAAAGGUCACACCAACCAAGAAUGCCAAUAUAGAGUCUAAAAAAGGAACGCAACCAUCAAAGAAGUACACGCUAUUCAAUAUAUGGGUGGUGUCACUUGCUUUGAAACUCCUAUUAAUGGUUGGUUACCACUCUACAGAUUUUGAUGUACAUCGAAACUGGUUAGCCAUAACCAAUAAAUUGCCGUUAUCUCAAUGGUACAUAGAAAACACGUCACAAUGGACACUAGAUUACCCACCAUUUUUUGCAUUUUUUGAAUGGGCUUUAUCACAAUUUGUUCCGCCGCACGUUGCUGGGGAUGGAUGUUUGGAUAUAGUGGAAAAGGGUCUGUAUGGAUUGCCGACUGUGUAUUUCCAGAGAGGUACAGUUAUUUUAAGUGAGGCAGUUUUGUUUGUGGCGUUGCAAUGGAUAAUUGAUACCUCACCCACCCAUGCUCUUCGAAGAAGAAUGUAUGUUGCGACUGCCAGUCUUGCGUUGUCCCCGGGUUUAAUGUUGAUCGAUCACAUACAUUUCCAAUAUAACGGGAUGAUGUACGGAAUGUUGUUGCUUUGCUUAAAUAGUGCCCGUUUGGAAAGAUACUUAUUCUGUGGGUUUUGGUUUGCAGUUUUGCUUUGUUUUAAACAUAUUUACUUGUACUUGGCACCAGCUGUGUUUGUGUUCUUACUACGUGCUUAUUGCUUGAAGUUCAAAUGGAAUAACAAACGCAAUUUCGUUGCUAAUUUGCUCAACGUUGUUCAAUGGGGAAAUCUAUUCAAGCUUGGUGCUGUUGUAAUCUCUGUAUUUGCCGUCGCAUUUUUACCAUUCUACAACACGUUGCCACAGUUGCUAAGUAGAUUGUUUCCAUUUAGUCGUGGUCUUACGCAUGCGUAUUGGGCACCAAACAUGUGGGCUCUUUAUUCCUUCUUUGAUAGAGUGUUGAUUCAAAUUUACAAAAAAAUCCCGGUAACUCGCUUUUUGUUGAAGAGAGUGUUUCAAUUCGAUGCUUGCCUUUUGAGUCAAGAUGAUUUGUUGAAUACAUCAACAAGAGGAAUUGUUGGUAAUAUCGAGUUUUUCAUACUUCCUGAAAUUACUCCAAAACUUACAUUUCUAUUAACGUUGUUUUACCAAAUGAUGGCCCUAAUUCCGUUGUUUUUCCAACCAACAUACCGCAGAUUUACCGGAGCUAUGACAUUGUGUGGUUAUGCAUCCUUCUUAUUUGGCUGGCAUGUUCAUGAAAAGGCAAUAUUACUUGUCAUUUUCCCCUUAACAUUGAUUGUUUCUCGUGACAAGAGAUUAUUGCCUGCGUACAACUUGCUUGUUGCCUGUGGAUAUGGAUCGCUUUUCCCGCUCAUAUACACCUGUAAUGAAUGGUUAGUAAAAGUCCUUUACACAUUGCUUUGGUAUAUUGUGUUUUAUUUCAACUUUAGAAAAGUUGCUCGAGUUCCAAAGAAGACAAGCGGUGCUAUAAUAGAUCGAGUGGUUAAUGGGUAUAUCUUAAUAUUCAUCUUUGUUGUUUCAAUUACUAGUGUCAUCGAUUUGUUGCUGAAUAAGUUUUUGAUCUUGAAGAAAUUCGAAUUCUUGAACUUGAUGAUAUACAGUGUUUAUUGCAGCAUAGGUGUAAUAAGUAGUUGGAACACUUUUUCAUGGCUAUACUUUGUUGACGAUGAGAUAUGGACUGAGGGUGAAUAA